ACCUCUGCCCUAGCAGGGUGCACUUCUCUUGCUGCCGCCUGUUAAGUCCCAGAGACAGCCAUGUGUGACAUGGGAGGACUAGAUAAUCUGAUAGCCAACACGGCUUACUUGCAGGCUAGGAAGAGCAGCGAAGGUGAUCUACGAGAGCUGCAGAAGAGGCGCAGGAGCCUGUCUCUACCCCCUCCAGAUCUCUGCCGCAAGGAAAUCAAAGAGCAUGUUACCCCAGACUACGACAGCAUAUGCGUACAGCAGCCAAUUGGUCGCCGCUUAUUUAGAGACUUUUUGGCCUCUGUGCCUGAAUACCAGGAGGCACAAAGUUUCCUGGAUGAGGUGAAUGAAUGGGAGCUUGAGGUAGAGUCCACAAAAGAACAGGUAUUCAAGAAGCUGGUGAACAAAAGGUUCAAGGAGGAAUCUGAGGGCCGGCUGCCUUUCUUGAGUUCAGAUGUGUCCAGUCGCCUCCAGUGUGCCGAGGGCAAAGAGAUGGAGCUUAUUCAGCUUGCAAAGGAAGAAACAAAUGCCUUCCUCAUGGGUGAACCAUUCCAGGACUUCCAGAACAGCGCCUUCUAUGAUCGUUUCCUCCAGUGGAAAGCGUUUGAGAGGCAGCCUAUCACCCAUAAAUACUUCUACGAGUUUAGGGUUUUGGGGAAAGGCGGCUUUGGAGAGGUGUGUGCCAUUCAAGUGAAGAAUACGGGUCAGAUGUAUGCUUGUAAAAAGCUGGACAAGAAACGUCUCAAGAAGAAGAAUGGUGAAAAAAUGGCCCUUCUGGAAAAAGAAAUACUAGAGAAGGUUCAUAGCCCCUUUGUGGUCUCCUUGGCCUAUGCAUAUGAGACCAAAAGCCACCUGUGCCUGGUGAUGACCCUCAUGAACGGAGGAGACCUCAAGUAUCACAUCUACAACAUUGGAGAAAAGGGACUGGAAAUGAAACGGGUUAUCUUCUACUCUGCUCAGGUCUGCUGUGGGAUUCUUCACCUCCACUCCCUUAACAUUCUGUACAGGGACAUGAAGCCAGAAAAUGUCCUUCUUGAUGACAAUGGCAACUGCCGGUUGUCAGACUUGGGACUAGCAGUCAAAGUCAAGGAAGGCAAACCCAUCAACCACAGAGCUGGGACCAACGGGUACAUGGCUCCUGAGAUCUUAAGGGAGGAAAAUUAUUCGUACCCUGUUGACUGGUUUGCCAUGGGGUGUAGUGUGUAUGAGAUGAUUGCAGGGCAAACUCCAUUUAAAGAUCUAAAGGAAAAAGUCAGCAAGGAAGAAGUGAGAAGGAGAACACUGGAUGAUGAAGUUGUAUUCCAUCACCCUAACUUCACCCCUGAAGCAAAAAGCAUCUGCAACCUCUUCCUAGCUAAAAACCCCCAAGAGCGCCUGGGGAGCAGGUCAAAUGAUGAUGACCCAAGGAAACAUCCUUUUUUCAAAUCAAUCAACUUCCAUAGGCUGGAGGCAGGGAUUGUCGAUCCCCCAUUUGUACCAGACCCUUCUGUGGUUUAUGCCAAAGACAUUGCAGAUAUUGCUGAUUUUUCCGAGAUCAGAGGAAUUGAUUUUGAUGAGAAAGACACAAAGUUUUUCAAGAAGUUUGCCACAGGUGCUGUACCCAUCAGCUGGCAAAAAGAAAUCAUUGACACGGGAUUGUUUGAUGAGUUAAAUGACCCUACUAGGCAGUCCACUGGAGGAUAUAUGGGUGGCAGUGGUGAGAGGAAGUCGGGCAUCUGUUCAAUUAUAUAGAUGGCACGCAAUAUGGAAAG